CAAUCGAUUUUUCAAUCGCGAAACGUCAAACGGGCAAGUUGCAGCAGCAGCACCUCCACGGAAAUUCAAUUUCGGUCGGUCGAUUACUUGAAAAAAAUCCGUAUUAUAAUUCGCGAUGUUGUGAUUUACGCCUUCGCGGUAAAGUUCGGCGCUAAACCUGUGUGUUGCGCAAGUGAUUAACCCUUGCAGGAGAAGUUUUUUUCCAGGAAACAAGCCAUCGAGAAAGUGCGACUUCAAUGUAAUUUAUCAAUAAGAAGAAGCAAUUUAUUAACCGUAUGGGCAAAACAGUGUCAUCGAUAUCAUUAACAAAGGGUGUUUAAAGGUACAGCUGAAGGUUCCAGCUAAAGGGGAAUUACCAGUGAUUGGAUGUUUGUAUCUCUUACGUCACGCGAAAUAUAAGUUUUUAUAAAAAUCUACAUAUUUAAUAACAACCAGCCACUCGAAAAAAAAGUAAAAUCUAAUCGGGGUUUAUAAAAUCGAAAGCAAAAAUACAGUGCAGUGAAGGAAUUUUCUACACGUUUCUUUCGCCAUUAACCUGUGGUUAAGCCGAAAAUAUCCAAGCCGCAUCAUCUUCAUCGAUCCAACCGAGCAUCACCGCAUUAGUAUCUCCAGCAAACCGUGGGAAUUUUAUUCCAGCAGGGCGCGCGGGGGCGUUUUGCCUUCUUUUCUCCGAAACGGCGAAGGACAACAAAGAUAAACAGGAAAAUAACAGGAACGAUUGCGCGACUUGCUGUAUAACCUAAUUGCAGCCAGCUUCAGCAAACAUGGCGCUGUCCAAAGGAUUCCGAGUGCUGGAAAAAUCGAAGCCACCCUCACCACACAGUGUCCUGCUGGAACAUCGGAAUAAAUCCGAAACGUUACUCUUCGAAUCACAAGCUGUGGCUGUGUUGUCUGCCCAAGAAACGGAAAUCGUCCGCAAGCAGUACACGAAAGUUUUAGACGCCUACGGUUGUCUCGGAGUGCUGCAACUUAAUGCCGGCGACAGUUCCCUACUCUAUCUGGUUAUGGUAACUGGAUGUUUUUCGGUUGGAAAAAUCGUUGAUUACGAAGUUUUUCGGAUCACCCAGACUCAGUUUGUGUCGCUCCAGUAUCAGCCGACCAAUGAAGAUCGCAUUUCGGAAAUACGCAAAGUCCUCAAUUCGGGCACAUUCUACUUCUCCUUUGCCAAUCAAAGUGCCAGCAGUACCCUGCAGCAGGUGGGCGGUUCCAGUGGCUACAAUUUUGAUAUAACUUUAUCUGCCCAACGCCGUAGACGAACUACAAAAACAGACAAUCGGUUUUUCUGGAAUCGAAUGUUGUUCAUUCAUAUGCUGCGGUUUGGUGUCGAAUGUGAAUUUUGGCUGCUGAAGGCCAUGUGCGGUUCGGUUGAAAUUAGAACUGUCUAUGCCGGAAGCAAACAGGCUAGGGCUGCUAUCAUUUCACGAUUGAGCUGUGAACGAGCUGGAACAAGAUUUAAUGUGCGAGGCACGAAUGAUGAAGGAUGUGUAGCAAAUUUUGUCGAAACAGAACAGUGCAUUUACCUAGAUGCUGAGGUAUCAUCAUAUAUCCAAACACGUGGCAGCGUUCCAUUAUUUUGGGAACAACCGGGCGUACAAGUGGGCUCACAUAAAGUGAAACUGUCUCGUGGCUUUGAAACAUCCAGAUCUGCCUUCGAUCGCCACAUGACAGCCAUGAAAUCGCGCUAUGGCAAACAAGCUAUAAUCAAUUUACUAGGCACCAGUUUAAUCGGCAGCAAAGAAGGUGAAGCAAGUUUGAGUAACGAAUUUCAGAGGCAUCACAAAGAAUCGAACCACACCGAUGUACCACAUAUCGUCUUUGAUUACCACCAAGAGUGUCGGGGUGGAAAUACUGGUGCGUUGUCCAAAUUGAAAGCCAAAAUAGAUGCCAUGUGCUCAGACUUUGGAUUGUUCCACGCUGUCGGAGACAGCGUGUUCCGCGAACAAAAGGGUGCCAUUCGGACAAAUUGCCUCGAUUGUUUGGACCGUACCAACUGUGUUCAAACUUACAUCGGAUUGGAGAUUCUGAACGAACAAAUUUCUCAAAUGUCCACCCUUUCCGACAAAAAGCAGCAAAUCAGUUCGCGGUUUGAAGAAGUAUUCCGACAAAUGUGGAUCAACAAUGGUAAUGAAGUGAGCAAAAUUUACGCUGGUACCGGCGCCAUUCAAGGUGGCUCAAAACUCAUGGAUGGUGCUCGUUCGGCAGCGAGAACCAUUCAGAACAACCUUUUGGAUAACUCGAAGCAGGAAGCUAUCGAUGUUCUGUUAGUUGGAUCUACGCUUAGCUCUGAACUGGCUGAUCGUGCUAGGAUCUUGCUGCCCUCAAAUUUGUUACACGCCCCAACUCCUGUCUUGCGGGAGAUGUGUCGACGGUAUGACGAGUUUGUUGGACCGUAUGACAUGAGAAUUGCCUGCGGUACCUACAACGUUAACGGGGGCAAACAUUUUCGUAGUGUUGCCUACAAGGACGUUUCAUUGGCUGAUUGGCUGCUGGAUUGUCAUAAAUUGGCACGUUCUCGGUCUCUGGUAGAUGUUGCCAACCCGGAAGACACUAAUGAGCCACCGAUAGACAUAUUUGCUGUUGGUUUCCAAGAAAUUGUUGACUUAAAUGCAUCCAACAUUGUGGCAGCAAGCUCUGAUAACGCUAAAGCCUGGGCUGAAGAGUUACAGAAAGUGAUUAGUCGUGAUGAGGAAUAUGUUCUGCUCACUUAUCAGCAGCUAGUGGGAGUUUGUUUGUACAUCUACGUAAGGCCACAGCAUGCUCCUUACAUUCGAGAUGUGGCAUCCGAUUGCGUCAAGACUGGGUUGGGUGGUGCAACUGGUAAUAAAGGAGCAGCAGCAAUACGUUUUGUGAUUCAUGGCACUUCGAUUUGUUUCGUGUGUGCUCAUUUUGCCGCUGGUCAAUCCCAAGUUACCGAACGAAAUGCAGAUUAUGCUGAAAUAACCCGUAAAAUAGCAUUCCCAAUGGGUCGAACAUUAAAGUCUCACGACUACGUGUUUUGGUGUGGUGAUUUUAACUAUCGCAUCGAUAUGGAUAAAGAGGAACUGAAGGAGACUUUGAAACAGAACGACCUCGCUUCCGUUUUACAAUUUGACCAGCUGCGAAUACAACAGAAUACCGGCAGUGUUUUCAAUGAUUUCCUAGAAGGGGAGAUUUCAUUCCAACCCACGUACAAGUACGAUCUGUUUAGUGACGAUUACGACACAAGCGAGAAAUGCCGUGCUCCAGCCUGGACGGAUCGUGUUUUGUGGCGACGAAGGAAACAGAGCCCAGACGCUGAUAAGCACCCGAACUGGAAUCCGGGACGAUUGGUUCAUUAUGGAAGAGCUGAGUUGAAGCAGAGUGAUCAUAGGCCGGUGAUUGCCAUAAUAGAUGUUGAGCUUUGUAAAAUCGAUCCACAACGAAGAGCGCAGGUAUUCAACGAUGUCAUCACAGACUUAGGUCCUCCAGAUGGAACUAUACUUAUUCAAUCAAUGAACUCAUCUUCCAAUGCUGAUUCUGGCGAUGAAGAUGAAGGCAGCAUAUAUGAUGAAAACUUGAUGAGUGCAUUAAUUCAAGAGUUGACUCAAAUCGGCGAAGUCACAUUGGUACGCUUCGUUGGAGACAUUAUGUGGGUGACGUUCCGCGAUGGACAAUCCGCAUUAACGGCAGCUCAAAAAAAGUUUGUUCAAGUUUGUGGUGUCAGUCUUUCUAUAAAAUUGAAAACCGACAACUGGAUACAGCGAGUAGAGCAAGAGAUUCUCCUCUGCACACCCAACACAGUCAGUUUCUGCGAUAGCCAGAUGGGCGAUUACAACAGCUUGGGUAUUCCCGAAGUUCCAUCGCGUCCCAAAAGUCCUCCCACAAUGCAGCAGCCACCAUUACGUCCCGCACCACCUAGUCGCCCGCCACUUCCUAAAUCACCACAAGCUUCUCCAAAACACCAACCCCAGGCGCCACAAUCUUCAACCCAUCACCAUCAUCACCCCAAGGUAGGAGUGAUCAGUUUGGGUGCCGAGGUGCUGAUGGCAUCGAAACUGCAGCAGAAACCGGCCGUCCCACCAUCGCCACUGGUUCCGACUUCGGCCACAACGAAAACUACUCCCCCGAUCGAGGAGUACGCUAGUUCUAGUCCAAUCCUUGGUUCAUCGGCCCACGGAUCUUCCUCGAAUACUCCUCUUCAAGACACCGGAGCCAUCUAUGAGGAAAUCAGCGACGAUAUUGCCAUCCCUGAACCACGAGGACCUCCUCCACCACCACCCCGAUGUGAUGUGUAUGAUCUGGAUGUAGCGACUAACAACAGCGGCAACAACAAACCACAGCAGUCGUCUGUGAUCACAAAAUCCUCUCCAACAGGCGGUGCUACGUCCGGUGGCAGUUCUGGUGCUGGCUCACCACUAACCGCACAACCGCCUUCAGGAGCACCCACUGGCGGACCACCCAAGAUGAAUCCGCCACCAUUGCCGGUUCGACGAGGAGCACCACCACCAAUACCGAAUCGAAGUGGGGGCGCUCCACCGCUUCCGGCACGGCCCAACAAUUCCUAAAUACUCCCAAAGUUUAUCUGUAUAUCAAAGCAAACUAACCAAACCAGUCUAUAUAAACUCAGAAUCUAGCUAACACAGAAUAUCCCGUUGAACCGCAGCCUAGCUGGAUAGUUAUUACCAAUAUUAUUAUUUGAAUACGUAGCUGCUUUAAUAGAAGAAGCACAUGUUAGGCAGAAAAAAACUUCAAUGAGAGGAAUACCACACAGUUGACUGUGCUUGUGCGAUUCAUUAUUCUUCAAUAAUUAUCAAUAAGGAAAACAACAGGCUGAUUGGAAACAAACAAACAUUCCAUAGUUGACGCGAUAUUACUCAGCUAAUCAUGAAAAUUAUGAUAAUAAAUCGGUAUCUAAUCUAAUAGCGUAGCUCAGCUUCGUAUGUAAAUUUAGUGUAUUUAUUUAAAAAAAAUAUUGUUGAUCGUUCGACGAAAAACAAAAAUCAGUGUUGUAUCAGACAAAAAAAAACUCGCUGUAGUUAAAUCAGUUCACCAUUCACAAACAAUAUAUAGUCAACGUUUAUUGCUACCAAUAGGUAAAAUGAAUUGAUAGUGUGGAAUACCUUAAGAUAAAAGACUAUUUUGUUGAGCCGUCAACAACGACGAAAUCAUAGGUUUAAGCUUAAUCGUGCUGCAAAUCAGCUCGAGGUACUUCUGUUUAAUUUAUUCUUUUUUUUACAUCGAGAUUGUAUGGUAUGGUAACCUAUACGAGUGUAUGUAUACUUUUUUGCUAGGAAUUAAAGUUGAUGUCUUUGAAAUUGUAUUGAAUGCUAAAUUACACUUAAAUACUUUUUUUCGGUAAGAUAACAAAACAAAUGCAAAGGUUUUCAGAAUCUAAAACUGAAAUUAAUUACAACGCCAACCAUUAGUUAUCAAAUGCAUCAUAAUACACAUGACUAAAUUAUCUAACAAUCAAGCAAGCUUUAAUUUUUUGUGUUUCGAAGAUUACUAGAGAAAAAAAGUUGUCAAAUGGAUACAUAUAAUGCCUGUAAAUCUUCAUUUAUUAAAAAAAUUGUUUAUAAAAUAAUAUGUUUUAUAAUAAUGUAAUACGCGGAACUUCAAGGAAAGAUUAUGGAAUAAAGUGUUGCAAACUUAUAACUACUCAAAACCAUAACUCAAGAAUGGAAAAGACAUGGUACAAUAGCUAUUAAACAGCAUUAUUAUUGUUUUUAUUAGAAUAAAACACAAUACACACGUGUAAAGUGCAAGUGGAACCAUAUUUAGCAAACAGCACAUGCAAUUUUAAUUAUUAUAUGCAUAGAGUAAUUCACAGAAUUGUAAUUAUCAGAUAUUUGAUCCGUUACAUAUAGAGAGUAAAAAAAAGGAGAUUAAAA